CGCUUCCGUGGUUGCUAUGGACACCCGCCCUGAGUCUGCGCAUGACCUCUGGCGGGGGUCAAGGAGGGGCGGGGCUUCGAAGACGGCGAAUCGCGAAAGCGGGGCAUCGCGCGAGGGGCGUGACCGGCCAAUAAAAGCCGCGCAAGCGUGCUGCUCCGGCAGCCCCGCCUCGUUCCACCUCCCCAGCGGCGUGACGAUCAUGGCGGCUGCGGAGGCCGGGCCCGGCACGGUGCUGCGCGAAGCCACCCAGCGCAAGCUGAGGAAGUUCGAGCAGCUGAGAGGCCGAGUUGUGAACGUCGGAGAAUUCUGGGAUGUGGUUGUGAUAACAGCGGCCGAUGAGAAGCAAGAGCUGGCUUAUAAGCAGCAGCUGUCCAGGAAGCUCCAGCAGAAGGAGCUCCCCCUGGGUGUCCACUACCAUGUGUUUGCCGACCCUGCUGGAGCCAAGAUCGGAAAUGGAGGAUCAACACUUUGUGUCCUUCAGUGUUUGGAAGAAAUAUAUGGUGAUAGAUGGAAUUGUUUUACCAUCCUGUUAAUUCACUCUGGUGGCUACAGUCAACGGCUACCCAACGCAAGUGCCCUGGGAAAAAUUUUCACAGCUCUGCCUCUUGGUUACCCAAUUUAUCAAAUGCUGGAAUUAAAACUGGCCAUGUACAUUGAUUUCCCCUCUCGUAUGAGUCCUGGAGUUCUGAUCACCUGCGCAGAUGAUAUAGAGCUUUAUAGUGUUGGAGACGUCGAUUGUCUGAGGUUUGAUAAGCCAGGCUUUACUGCUUUGGCUCAUCCUUCUGACUUGAUGAUAGGGACAACUCAUGGGGUGUUUGUGUUAGAACCUUCAGGUGGCUCAGAAUGUGGAGACCUGGAGUAUAGGACUUGCUACCGUUUCCUGCACAAACCCAGCUUAGAAGAGAUGUAUCAGGCCGGUGCUGUAGGCAAAAAGGGAACCCUCUCCUCAAAGAACUUGGCUGUAGGGGACCUCAGUACUCCUAACUUGCACUCAGACUUUGUCUACACAGAUAGUCUAUUCUACAUGGACCAUAAUUCAGCCCAAAAGUUACUAGCCUUUUAUCAGCAACUCGGGGCCCUAACCUGUGAAAUUGAUGCCUACGGAGACUUCCUGCAGGCCCUGGGCCCGGGAGCAACUGUGGAGUAUACGAAAAACAUGGCCAAUGUCACCAGAGAAAAGUCGGAGUUGGUCGAAAUGAGAGAGAAGAUCUUCCAUCUUCUCAAAGGGACACCACUCAACAUUGUUGCUCUUAACAACUCCAAAUUCUAUCACAUUGGCACGACUCAAGAGUAUUUAUACCAUUUCACCUCAGAUAGCACGCUGAAAUCUGAGCUUGGCUUACUGUCCAAAGCUGUUAGCAUCUUUCCAGGGGGUUCAGAAUGUUGCCGUGAAGCCCCCUGUGUCAUUCAAAGCAUAAUAGAAUCAGGGGCUUCUGUGGGCCUGGGCUCCGUGGUGGAGUACUCCUGGUUAGGACCUGAUGUCGCGGUUGGAGCCAACAGCAUCAUCAGCGGCUGUCACGUCCUCACUAAAGCUGCCCUCCCCCCCAAUUCUUUCCUGUGUGCUCUUAGCCUGCGGGCAAAUGGACACUUAAUGUACGCCACGAUGGCAUAUGGCGUGGAAGACGACUUGAAACGGAAUGUGAAGGUGCUGUCAGACAUCCAUUCCCUUCAGUUUUCUGGACUGGGGUUCCUGGCCUGCUUAGAUCUUUGGGGCUUGAAAGUGACAGAAGGCCUGUUCUCUAGCAGUAGAACCAGCCUCAGUUUAUGGAAUGCCCGGAUCUUCCCCAUGUGCCCAAGCUUGAGUGAAUCAGUGACGGCCUCCCUUAGGCUGCUGGCUGCUGUGAAGCAUGAGUCACCAUUCCAUCUGACCAGCUACAAGCUCCUGUCCAUUGCAGAAAUGCUCCUCUACAAAGACGUGGGGGACAUGAUGAGAUGGAGGGAGCGCAUUGCUCAGGAAAUCCAUUUACGGGGGUGCCAGGCAGAUGUGUCACAGUAGGUUUGUGGGGUGUUUUCCUCGCAUUCAGUUUGAGCAGCCUUGCUGUCAAGGUUGCAGAGCCCAAGAACCCUGGCUCUUUUUUCUUUGUUUCGCUGAAGUAGAAAUAAUGAAAUUGCAUUAGCAGUGUUAUUGUAGCAUAACAUUAAUAAUGCAAAAAUACAAAUAAACCAUUCUUUUGAUGAA